AUGAAGGUUUUGAUAACAAUAAGUAUUUUACUUAUGGCUGCAUCUACUACAGAUGUAGCAGUCUCAGAUUAAUGCAAUUGUGAGAAACUUCUCUCUCAGGCUGAUUGCAAAGCAAAACAAGGAUGCAGUUGGUCAACAACAACAUCUCUUUGUUCUAAACUGGAUUCCGGCAACAGUUCCACUGAAGGAUACUGUGGAUUGAUAACCGAUGCCCUCACCUGUGCUAAAACCAAGGGUUGUGCCUAUUUAGAUUCCGUUUGUUAAAUAUUUGCAGGUUGUUCUGCUUACAAAGGUGCAACAGACGCUGAAUGCCAAGCCAUCUCUAAACAAUGUAACUCAGAUGGAACAGCAUUUUGUGUUGAUCCAGGAACUUGUACUACUUACAAAACAGCCGAAGAUUGUACUGGAAAAGGCAGUAGUGGAGGCUCAGGCACUUGUGUUUGGGAUACAUCCUGCCGAGAAUAAAAGUGUACUGAAGCAGACGUAGCCUUCAACACAGAUGCUUAAUGUAAUAACUUCAUCAAGGGAUGUGUCACAACUGGAAAAGGAUGUGUAUCGUCAUUAGGACUUUGUUCAUCAUAUACUGGAGAUGUUGAAAGUUGUGAAGGAUUGAAGGGAUCCGACGGUUAUUGUAAGGGAGUAGAUGGAAAAGACAAAUGUGUGGUCAAGGUCUGUACAGAUGCCGAGACCACAUUGACCACUGAUACUGCCUGUGGUAAGUAUUAAAUUGGUUGUGUGACAAACGGCUAUGGUUGUGUUAAGUCUCCUUUGGGAUCAUGUUCUACAUAGACAGGUGACGACGUGGUGUGUGCAAAUAAGACAGGCUCAGAUGGUAAAUGUAAGGGAGUAACUGAGGGAAAAACUUGUAGUGUUGUAGAUUGUAAAGAUGCUCCAGAAACCUAUUCAACAGAUGAUGAAUGUGGGAAGUACAAGAGUGGGUGUGUGACAACUGGUAAAGGAUGUACCACUUCAAGAGGGGCUUGUUCCUCAUAUAAGGGUACUUCCUCGACAUGUGAUGGAUACAUUGGAUCUGAUGGUAAAUGCAAAGGAGCCUCAGAUGCUGAAGCCGCUUGCUCUGCCAAGGUGUGCAAGGAUGCCGAUGCUUCAUUGAAUAGUGAUGCUAAGUGUGAUGAAUAUCAAACUGGAUGUAAAACAACAGGUAAAGGUUGUGUUUCCACCUUAUCAACAUGUUCAUCCUAUACUGGAGAUUCAACAAGUUGUGAUGGAUACGUAGGAACUGAUGGUAAGUGUGCAGGAGGGGCUAGUAGUGGUAGUUGUUUCCCAAAGAAGUGUUCAGAUGCUCUUGCCACUCUAACAACAAACGAAGAUUGUAAUAAUUAUCAAACUGGUUGUAUUGCAACUGGAACUGGUGGUUGUAUGGAUGCUGGUGCCUGUAGUACUCUAUUGAAUAACAGCUAAUGUGAUGGUAAAUCAACAUGUUAAUGGACACCCUAAUGUGUGUCAAAUACUGCUUGUUCUGAUCUUAAAUCUGAAAUAUUAUGUAAGACAGUUACUUUAUAGAAUAAAAACACAUGUUGGUGGGUUAGUGGUACUUGUGUGGCUAGAACCUGUGAUCAAGCACCUAACACCUACAAUACAGAUUCUUUAUGUGAUGCCUUCUUAAAGGGAUGCUUGACUAAGAAGACAGGUUGUGUUGCAUCAACUGCUACUUGUACUAGUUAUUCUGGAACCAAGGCUACCUGCGAAGGAUUCACAAUUAAAUGUACUAACACUAACAGUGCUUCUGAUACUACUGCCUGCGUUGAUCCAGUAUGCACAGACAAUACCGAUGCUACCUCAGAUGAUGCUUGCAAGUCAUACCAUUCAACCUGUUUAACAAAAGGAACCGGAUGUAUAGCAGCUAGUGCAGCCUGCUCUUCCUAUCCUGGAACAAGCACAGAUAUUUGUGGAAAGUUUACUGGUUCUAAUUAAGCCAAUCCUUGCUGGUGGAGAAGUGGAGCUAACUGUGUAGACAAAGCCUGUACUGAUGCUGAUAGUACCAAUACAACUGAUGAUUUAUGUGGUAAGUUUUUGAAGGGCUGUGUGACAACAGGAACUUUAUGUGUUUCAAGUACUUAGAAUUGCGAUGCUUAUACAGGAUUGAAUCAAUCAGGUUGUGCUGCCUUAUCUAAAGGAUGCGCUAGAAGAGAAGCCUGUACUGCUGAAGUUACAUGUGCUAGUAUCACUGGAGCAGCUAAUUAAGCAAGUUGCGAUGCAGUCUUACCAAAUAGAUGUGUCUUUAUUAAUAAUGCAUGUGUUAUAUUAGGAGCUUGUAGUUCUUAUGCUGGAACUUCAGUGGCUGCUUGCAAGGAUCUAGUCAGUUCAACUGGUGCAAAGUGUUAUUGGACAACUGGUAGUACUUGUGCUGAUAGAGCAUGCAGUUAGAUUGCUAAUCCAGCAGAUCUGAAGACUUGUACUGACCAUAAAUCGACUUGUGCCAGAAAGUCAGAUGGUUCAGUGUGUGAAGAUUAUGUAUGCACAAAUGUUUCCGCCCCAACUGCUGAAACCAGCUGUCAAAACUAUCAUCCAUUAUGCCAUUAUGGUAUGGUGGGUGGUGUAGCAGCUUGUAAUGCAGGAGCAACUUGUGGUGCGUUUGGCCCAUCAUCUACUGGUACAUGUCCUACUGUCAUCACUUCUCAUGGCGGUGCAUGCAAAGCACAUGCAACAGGUACAAAUGCUUGCAUAGAUGAUGUCUGUUCUGCCUAUACUGCUAGUGCAACAGAUUGCAAGGCUAAAAAAUUAGCAUAUGCCACACCUAUUGCAGGCACUGCAACUGCUUAACUAUGUUUCCAUAAUGGAAGUGCUUGUGUAGAAAGAUCAUGUGCAAAUGCAAAUACACAUCUUGGAGUUACUGUCUCAUCCUUUUCAUAAUGCAACUCAUAUUACGAACUAUGCGUAUACUCAAAGCCUGCUGGUGGUCCUACUUGUGUCGAUGGGAAUAAUGCUGCUGGAAGUACUUUCGGAUGUCCUCAAGUUUAGGGUACUUAAGCUGAGUGCUUGACUUUAACAGGUAAAUACAAAGUUGGAUCUUCAUGGGAAUACAGAUUAUGCUAAUCACAUGGUUCCGCAGGUGUAGCUGCUUGUUUGGAUAGAACAUGUGUUUAAAAAAGUGAUGGAACCACGGAUGCCAUCUGUUAGGCAUGGCUUCCCACUUGUAAGACUAAUGGAGAGAGUUGUGUUGAUAUAACAACAGCAUGCACAUCAAUGUCAGGAACUUCUGAGAGUUGCUAAUUACUUACUGGUUUGGCAUUGGGAUCAAAAUGCCAAGGUAAUACAUCUGUCAAUGGUGCUUGUGUUGCCAGAAGAUGUCAAGACAAUGGAACAGCUACAACAGAUGCAGACUGUAAGAAAUAUUUGGAUGGUUGCAUUACAACUGGUAAGGGAUGUAUUGCUGCCACAGUUCCAUGUUCUGGUCAAUGGGGAAAUCAAGAUGGAUGUAAAUUACUAACUGGAAAUGGUAAAUUGUGUUGGAGUUUGUCCUUGACUACCAAAGGAGCAUGCAUAGACAGAACUUGUUCUCAUAACACAACAGCAACUACUGAUAGUGAUUGUGCCACCUUCAUGAAAGGAUGUGUCACCAAGAGACCAGGUUGUAUUGAAUCCACAGCUGAAUGUUCAUCCUAUUAAGGAGUCUAAGCCGAUUGUGAGAAGGCUGUGGGUAAUGGUAAAUCAUGUACCAAUGAUUCAACUGCCACUGCCACUACAUCUUGUAAAGCAAAAGAUUGCACUAAAUUGGCUGUUGACUCUUAUUCUGAGUCAGUAUGUUAAGCUUAUGGUGUAUAAUGUCAUUACAAUGGGUCAAAAUGCGAUGUCAUCCAAACAUGUUCUUCAUUGAAGGGCAACUUCAUCACUUGUGCCUAAUAUGUAGCUUCAGAUGGACCAUGUAUUGGCACAGCUCUUUAAACUGACACCCCAACAAGUUGUACUGCUGCCAAAUGCUCAGAUGCUCCAACUACAUUGAGUACUGAUACUGAUUGUAAUACAUAUAAGUCAGGAUGUAAGACGAAUGGUCAUGGUUGUGGUUCAACAGUUUUAUGCGCUGAUAUAUAAUCAUCAUCAUCUUGUACUGCUGUUAAGAGUGGAAAUGAUUUUAUUUGUACUUGGGCUUCUCAAUGCAGAGAUGUUCAAACAUCAUGCAGUAGUUUCACUUCAAGUGGACAGAGUGUUUGUGCUUCAUCAGAAUCUUCAUCAGGAUUUGGCAUUUGUGUUUGGAAGAACAGUGCUUGCACAGAGGCUAAAUGUGAAGAUUUACCCUUGACUGUAGGCUCAGAAACAGAUUGCACAGAAUAUUCUAAUACUUGUACUUUUGCUGGGGUUGGAAAUGGAUGUGUCACCAAGGGAGCAUGUACCAGUUAUACAAGAAAGGAAGUUUGUUCAGCUGCAAAAUCAACAGAUACAAUUGGAAGUUGUACUUGGGAUGAAACUAUAGUAACAGGAACUCAAAUUAAAGGAUGCAGAGCCAAGGAUUGUUAAGAUGCUGCAGUUACAUUGGUCAAUGAUGCUGAUUGUGAUGCAUUCAUUUCAGGUUGUGUCAGUAAUGGUGCUGGAUGCAUGAAAUCCACUUUCACUUGUGACAUGUACAAGACUUAAGCUAAAUGUCUCCAAGACUCUUCAUUGUAACCAUGUCUUUGGAACAACAAUGCUUGUCAAUAAUACUACAGAUGUUCCGAUUUAUCCUUGAAAACAGUAGCAACCUGUUAGGCUGCCUCUAAAUAUUGCACUACUGAUGAAAGCAAAUGUACUCCCCUAAAGACUUGCAGCAAUUACACCAAAUAAAUCUAAUGCUCCUAGGGUACUGAUGGUAUUUGCGGUUGGGUCACCUCUACCAAGAAAUGCUAACUCUUUACCCAAUGCACAGACUUAGUCUCUAAGGUAAGUACAGAAUGUUCAGCCUUCAAUACUAAAUGUAUUAGUAAUGGAACAAACUGCAUCGAUAUGGCUGAAUGCUCUACCUAUGCUGAUAGUGAAGCUGCUUGUAAGAUUGGAGGAACUGAUGGUACAUGUUAAUUCGAUAAGGAUACUUCAGCUUGCAGAUUGAGAUAAUGUUCAGAUGCAAGUACAUCUACUUCAACUCAUAAUGGGUGUUUCGGAUAUUAAAUCAAUUCAACUUCUAAGUGCACAACUGAUGGAUCUAAAUGUAUUGCUUUGGCUGAUUGUGCCUCAUAUACAAAAUAAGCUGGUUGUGUCAUCGAUAGUUCACUCAAGGCUUGUGUUUGGGAUACUACUGCCAAAACCUGCAAAACUAAGACCUGCUCAGAUACUAAAAAGACUAAGAGUUCUGAAUGUGCUGCUGCCUUAGCUGGAUGCAUAUCUGAUGGAACCAAAUGCAUUGAUCAAGGAAAAUGUGCAGAUUACACCACCAAAGAAGCUUGCAAUGCUGGUGGAACAGAUGGAGCUUGUGCAUUCACUCCAGCCUCAGGAUCCACUACAACUGGAACAUGCAAACUAUUCUCUCAAUGUUCAGAUGCCAAUUCUGAUCAAACUGCUUGCCAAUUAAAAUCAUUAACCUGCAAAUGGACUGCUGCUGUUGGAACUACUGCUAGUUCAUGUUCCAAUCACACAUGUGAUUCAGCUGCUAAAGGCACCAAUAAAUGUGUCACCAUACCCAGUUUCGAUGGAAAGAGAUACACUGUUUGUUAAGUUCAAGGAGGAAAAUGUGUGACUGGAGAUCCAAGUGCCUUGACUUAAGAUACCUGCUAUAAGAUGAGUUAGUAUACCUACAGUUGGAAUGCCAGUACAAAGAAGUGUAUUGCUUGUGGAGCAGGAGCUUCUAACAACAACAAUAACACUACUGUAGAUAACAAUCAAACCAAUACAACUGAUCCAGUUACUACUGGCCACGGAUUCUAUCUAUGCGCAAUGUCCAUUUUGAUUACCUUAAUGUUCUGAUGAACCAAAAUGAAAUUAUACAUAUAAAG